AUGAGGCCGAAAGCACUUGAAGCUGUCACGACUCCAAACACGGAGGAGAAGUCGCCAGCUAGGCAACGAAACUCUCCUCACCAAACACAAGAUACUACGAAGUCUUCAUCUGCAUCCCCAAGAUCAGCGUCGGAUAAUAGCACGAUCAGCACGGACGGCACCACCGAAGCCACCCCGACCGCCGCAGCCAUCGUCUCAGAAGUCGUCCAGACUGUCAAAACCGCAGUCGACGGCGCCAUCGCGUGGGCCGAACAGAAAGUUGAUAAGCUGGGUGCGGAGCAAGACACUACGGGUCCUUAUACUUCGCCGGCCACUUGCAUGCCAUCUGAUCUCGAUGCCAUUGCUAGCGGCAUUCUGCCUGCUUUGCCGGCCGCAAGGCAGUAUGAUGGAGGGAUUGACGACAGAAUGAAGGAAGGAGAGGGUACUGAGAAGAGCACUAAGACUGGUAACGGAGAGGCUGUAAGAGAGUGA